AUGGAGGGAGAUGCAAUAGCAUAUGCAAAUGAACUUGUACAUAACCUAUAUUCUGGGUCUUUAAAUCCAGCUUCAAUCACAGUUGUUGAAAAGGAACUACAAAGGGUUCAGAAAUCCGAGUCUGGAUGGAGCAUUGGAUUAUCGAUGCUACAAAAUUCGGAUGUCUACCAACAGUUUUUUGGAGCUCUGACAUUGCAAAUGAAGAUAAACACUCAGUGGGAAUCUUUAGAUGGAAUUAGCCGAACGCAACUAUCACAUCGAUUGUUAGAGAAAUUAUUGAAUAAUGAACAACUACCAAGCCUUGUUGAACGUAAAAUUAUAUGUACUUUAGCAGCGUUAUCCAUUAAAUGUGAGAUUAACGAACAAGCUCACUUUACGUUCUGGAUCAUUUAUAGUUUAUACUACAAUGACUAUAACGUUUUAACAAACCUUUCAAAUUCGUCUGAAGUUCUUCCACCGCUUCCACCUUCCGCAUACUCUUCUCAAAAUGCAUACCUAGCUACGCUUUUCUUAAAUGAACUUUUCCUUGAGCUAUCCUCGUCCCUAUACACGAAAGAAGACGAAAACUUAAUUUUUAAAAGAUUUUUUAACUCCUGCUCUGACUUUAUUGCUCUUAUUUUGACAUCUGUUUUCCAAACCUGUCCGUUCCAAUUAUCAGAAAGAAGCAGCAUUCAAGCUUUAGAGCAAGCCUUAAAUUGUGUAAUUUCUUUGUCAGCAUAUCUUCAAAAGAACUCUGUUUCCAUAAGCACCGGGUUUCCUCAGCUUACAGAAUGUAUAGAUUCUACUGUAAAUUGCCUUGCGUUGGAUCCUGUUUCAGAAAAAGCGAUGAAUAUACUAAGCGAUCUUUUAGCAAGUUAUGCCCAUUUGGUGUCUAAAAACACCAUUCAGAAACUUUGGGAUAUUUUGGUAGGAGAAUGGGGCGAAACUCGCUUGAAAUUGGAAUUAGAUCAAGCAGACAGUGAAGAGGAGAAUGAUUUCUCUUUCUUAAACUUGAUAAUUGGGUUUUCUGAGUCUAUGCUCAAUUAUAUAAUCGAUAACAUUCAAGAGGAUAAGUGUGUUAAGGUAUUGUAUAUAUUAGUUUCGCUCUUAGGCUUUCCUGGCUACGCAAUCGCAGAAGAAGAAGUAAGCUGGCGUACAUUGGAAUUUUGGACAACUUUAAUUGAAGACUUUGCUAUGAGUGACUCCUUGUCAGAUCCUGUAAGGAACAAUGUUUUUCAAGGACUUGCAUUUUCUGCGAUGGACAAAGUUUACUACAAGAUGUUGCUUCCUUCUAGUACCCAGUGGAAAGAGUGGCCUUCAAAUAUUCGCGAUGCAUUCCAUAGCUAUCGAAGGGAUCUAGGCGAUCUAUUAGAGAGUUCUUAUUCUAUAUUUGGAGAGAAAAUGCUUACCAUGUAUGUAACCAAUAUUGAAUCUCUACUGCAUGACGAUAUAAAGGAUUGGCAGCCACUCGAAGCUUCCUUUUAUUGCUUAACAUGUAUCCUAGACAAUGAAACUAGCGAAAGCGAAAAUCUUAAUUCUUGGCUGACACGACUAUUUAACACUAAUUUUCCCGCCAAAGCAGCUGGGUUUGGUAAUAUUCUGUUGUUAAAAACUACCUCUCAACUUCUGAGUGAUGCCUCUUCUUUUCUUCAAAAAAACCCCCAAUACCUAAAUAUUUCAUUGCCCAUUCUUUUUGAUGCUUUGAAUAUUCCGGACAGCUCUCUACAGAUUAGCGCAUCCCGUUCAAUUCAUUCUUUAUGUACUACAUGCGCUGUACAUUUAGUUUCUGAAGUCGAGGGUUUUGUCUGUUUGGUUGAGAAUUUAACGCAAGCCCUUGUUGAUUACCCCUUUGUCCUUGAACGUAUAUACAGUUCUGUCGGAUUUGUGAUUAACUGCUUGGAUUCCUUGGAUUCCCAAACUUUAUAUUUAACAAGGUUGCUUUCGUGUUUGGCUUCGCCUUUACAACCAAAUAAUUAUCCGGAUCUUGAUACCUUUGAGAAUGUCAUUAAAGCAUGCCUUCAAAGUUUGGUUGGUUUGGCAAUUAGCCAAAGUCCUUCAAAUAAUAAAUCUAUCUUUGACGUUGAGAAGGUUGAAGACAAAGGUUUAUAUUGGGACAAGCCUCAGAUAUUGGCUUUUCAGGAAAAAGUGAUGUCUUUUCUAACCUAUACUGAGUCCUCGGCCUUACAGUAUGCAGACGUUGUCGGUUUUAUUUGCAAAAUCAUUAUCGCUGGAUUGAACGAGCUGGAGCCUUCACCGUUUUCGUUACAUAUAUCUGCCACAGUGCAAUAUUUCUGCGCUAGAUUUACUGAGUUUCCAGCCUCUAUCCUGUUAACAUUAGCUUCAGCUAUUUUGACGUCUCCAUAUGGUCAAAAUUAUAUGUCGGAGGAUUUGCUACAUAGCAUGAUUAUGGCAGUACAGAGCCGGCUUAUGUCAAGUGAUGAGGAAUUUUUCGAGAAAAAUAUAGAUGUAACGAUUGAACUAUAUCACUUCUCUACAAUCUUUUACCAGAAAUAUCCAAGUUUUCUAGAGUUACACCAUUUGGAGAUCCUACAGUUUUUAUUAGAAAAAGCGGUAUACACGCUGUGUAAGCCAGAACGCUUACUUGAAUCUGCAUCUGGACAAUUCUUGUCUUCGUUUAUCACUAUAGAAAUUAAUUCCCAGUCGAAGGAAGUACAUAAUAAUUUGUUGGAAUCAAUCCGAAUGCCACUGAUCACGAAAAUCUUACUGGGUUUUGGAGGAGGCGCAUCAAGAAGCUCACUCCCUCUUUUGUCCGAUAUCUUAGGAAAACUAAAAACACAGAAUUUUGGGGCUACGAAGACAAUUCUUACUCAUUUAUUGUCCUGCGAAGGCUUUCCGUCCAUCAAAGUCAGUAAUGAAGUGAAGCGACGGUUCCUACAGGAUUUAUUAAAAGUAAGGAUCAAAGAUAAAGUCAAAGACUUUUGGAUUAUAAGUAAGGGUUUCGAGUCUACACCUUAUGGUAAUUCUAGUUGGACAUUCUAA